AUGCGCAUAAAUCAUUCCUGGCGCUUGAACUACAUUACCCAGAAGACGGGGGGGGGGGGCUCUCGUGCCUCACGUGAUUCCCUUCUGGACGCUUCUCUAGGAACCGGAAGUUGGGGCUCUCGAGCUUUCUACCUGCCUCUAAUCUUGCUCCGCCCCCUCCGGUCUCGAUGCUGGGAGGAGCCACAGGGUGGGUUGGCCCUGAGGCGUCUCCGCGGACCCUCCGUCUCCUCUUCCCCAGCUUUGUCGCCCCUCCCGGCCGGCGGCGGCUUUGGGGAAGAAGAAAUGGCCUCCAGCCUCCUGACGGCCAGGGUCCGCCAGGAAUUGUUAACAUUCAGAGAUGUGGCCGUGGACUUCAGCCCGGAGGAGUGGGAACACUUGCAGCCUUCUCAGAAGGAUUUGUACAGGGAUGUGAUGCUGGAGAAUUACAGGAACCUUCUCUGGCUGGGACUUAUAAUUUCCAAACCAGAUAUAAUCUACCAGCUGGAACAAGGAGAGAAACCUUGGAUACCAGAGGGAGAUGUCUUAAGAAGUACCUGUCCAGGUUGGGAGAGUAGGCCUGAAAUCAAACAGUCAGUCCCAAAGCUGGACAUUUCUUUGGAUGAAAUCUGCCAGGAAAGCCUUGUAAGGGAUGGUACCUAUGCCUCCAAGUUGAGACAGACCAGGGAAUGUGGCGCCCAGUUAGAGAGGAAACAGAGCAAUGAGGAAAAACCUCAUGAAUGUAAUGAAUGUGGCAAGGCCUUCGGCCUGGGAACACAUCCUUGCCAGCAUAGGAAAAUUCAUACUGGAGAGAAACCUUAUGAAUGUAAUGACUGUGGGAAGGUCUUCUGCUGGAAGAUAGACCUUACCCGACAUCAGACCACCCAUACUGAAAAAAGGCCUUAUGAAUGUAAUGACUGUGGGAAGACCUUCCGUCUGGCUACAGCUCUUAAACUGCAUCGAAGAGUUCAUACUGGAGAGAAACCUUAUGGAUGUAGUGAAUGUGGAAGGUUCUUUAGCCGGAGAACAAAUUUUACCCGGCAUCAGAGUAUUCAUACUAGAGAGAAACCUUAUAAGUGUAAUGUAUGUGGGCAAGCCUUUUGUAAGACCAAAGAAUUAACUCGGCAUCAAACGAUUCAUACUGGAAAGAAACCUUAUGAGUGUAAUGAAUGUGAGAAGGCUUUCUGUCAGAAGAGAGACCUUCAUCAACAUCAACGCAUUCAUACUGGAGAGAAACCUUAUACAUGUAAUCAGUGUGGCAAGGCCUUCCGCCAUCGUACAGUUCUAAUUGGGCAUCAGAGAGUUCAUUCUGGAGAGAAGCCUUAUGAAUGUAAGGAAUGUGGGAAGUCUUUUACUUGGAGAACCUAUCUUACUCGACAUCAGAGAGUUCAUACUGGAGAGAAACCUUUUCAGUGUAAUGAAUGUGGGAAGGCUUUCUUUCAGAAAAAAGGACUUACUCGACAUCAAAGGAUUCAUACUGGAGAGAAACCUUAUGAAUGUAAUGAAUGUGGGAAAGCCUUCUGCCGGAGCACAGACCUUACUCAACAUCAAAGAGUUCAUACUGGAGAGAAGCCUUACCUGUGUAAUGAAUGUGGGAAGGCCUUUAACAGGAACACACACCUCACUCAACAUCAACGAAUUCACACUGGAAACAGACCUUAUCAGUGCACACAAUGUGGGAAAGCCUUCUUUCAGAUAAAGGAACUUGUUCGACACCAGAGAGUUCACACUGGAGAGAGACCUUAUGAAUGCACAGAAUGUGGGAAGGCCUUCUUUGAGAAAAAAGAACUCACCCGACACCAACGGAUUCAUAGUGGAGAAAAACCUUACAUAUGUUUAGAAUGUGGCAAGGCCUUCCUCCGAAAGACUCAUCUUGUUGUACAUCACAGGGUUCACACUGGAGAGAAACCUUAUCAGUGUAGUGAAUGUGGGAAGUCUUUUUGUCAGAGCUCAGCUCUUAAUCUACAUCGGAAAGUUCAUACUGGCGAGAAACCUUAUAAAUGUAAUCAAUGUGCAAAGACUUUCCGCCUGAACGGUUCUCUUAUUGAGCAUCAAAGAGUUCACACAGGAGAAAAACCUUUUGCGUGUAAUGAAUGUGAGAAAUCCUUCUCUCGGAGGGCACAUCUUGCUAAACACCAGAGAGUUCACACUGGAGAGCUUUAUGAAUAGUGAAUGGGGUGGGGAAAACCUCUUAGGAGUAUAGUUUUUUUAUGUUUACACUAGAAUGUUCAUACUGGAGAGGAAUCUUUUGAAUGUAUAAUGAAUGUGGGAAUUUGACAUCUCAUACUAGAGAAAACCCUUAACAAUGUGAAGUCUUCUGAAGAUCAUGAAUGUCAGAAGGAUUUUAGGUAUUGCACACACUUAGCUAAAAUGUGUAGAACUCAAAGUAAAAGAACUUAGCUAAAAUGAGUAGAACUCAAAGUAAAAAGAAACCACAGAGAUACAUCCCAGAUUUUCCAUAGUGGUUUUGUCCAAGGCUUCAAGCACCUCCAUAUGUCAGGUGGGAAGCUAUUUUCUUAAAAGUUUUUUGGCAAAUCCCACAAGUAUUCCCUCAAUUUCUCUAGAAAUUCAGAAUAGUCAACUGUUCCCUUUUCCCUUUUUGCCACCUGGAAAGGUAUCUUAGAUUCCUGAAUCUAGCUAGGAAGGGGUCUGAGGAGUCACUUAGUUCAGCACUCUCUCUCUGUGGUUGAAGCCCAGAAGUUUGUGACUUUUUCAGGGUCACAAUAAAUGACAAGAGUCAGGUUUCAGCCCCAGGUCCUCUGACAACCUUUGACCUUUCCAUGGGCCACAUAGCCCCUUCUCUCUGGUAAGGAAGGCCUCCUUUGCCCGUGCCCUUGAUUAAAUUUCUCCCUCAUGCUCUAGCCCUUAUUCUAAAAAUGCUUCCCUAUCUCAUGCGUUUUCAGUCUUUCUUCACUGGCUGCUUACCAGCUGCUUAUAGACAUGCUUUUGUUUUGUUACAGGAUGUCCUAGCUCUGCCUUCCUUCGUUAACAGUUGAUUAUUCCUAGCUGUUUGAAUGGGAGGAAGCAGUAGAAUAACUCACCCUUCCCUCACUUAUCUCCUGCCAAUGUAGGAAUGUUUGGGAUCUGUGUGAGGUGUGUCCCCAAGGGAUCACGUGGAAUGGAUUGACUAUGUCUGACUUCUCUGUCAGGUUCUGUGGUUUUUACCUGUGAUACUCAGUGGCAGAGCUGCUAGCUGGACGUGGCAUAAUGCUGAAUGUGGGGGUGGGGUAUGAAUUGAGUUACAGCUUUGGGCCUUAGCCUUAGAGCAGGUGACUAGAAGCAUAGGUAGGGCCUCUGCAGUUUUGCUCUUUGACCUUACUUUGUUUCCCCUCCCGGAUGUCUGCUGAGGGAACCAGAACCUGAUGACUUCCCCUCUGGAUUUGCAAGAUCGAUGGGCACACGUUGAUGCUUACUCCUCUAUUCCUUGAGUUGAGUAGAGAAGUAGCAAUAGUUCUCAUCUUCCUCCCUUUCUUCUCUGCUUCACUCCUUUCUUUCCAGACUCGUCCUCCUUCCUGCUGCCAACAUGAAUCUUCUCUGCCAGUUCUGGAAGCAUGAUCAAAUCCACUCUGUCCUUGUUCUGACCUACAAGGGUCAGUCUGCUUCCCUCUCACCCCACUUAGCACUUCUGGAACCUCUGGCUAUUGCUAUACUGCAUGUGCUUUCUCAGUAUCCCCACUGGAAUGUAAGCUUGUUGAGAGCAGUGUCGCUUUGCUUUUCUCUGUCUAUCCUUAGUGUUUGUUUAGGAUGAUGCUUGGUAUAUGGUUAGCAUUUAAUAAAUGCUUUGUCAUUUAUUCAU